UCAUUGCAACACCUGAAGAUGGAAAAUUGGUCAGUUGAUCAAGUCUGCAACUGGUUGAAACAGAGAAAUUUAGGAGAACUAGUUCCUAAAUUUCGUGAGGAAGAGGUGAGUGGAGCAGCUCUUCUGGCUCUUAACGAUCGUAUGGUACAGCAGCUGGUGAAGAAGAUUGGGCACCAGGCAGUGCUGAUGGACCUGGUUAAUAAAUACCAGCAACAAAAAAGUGGGCUAGAAUCCCUUACACCCUGUGGUGAAAUGGCUUCUUCAAAAGUUCCAGAAGUAAUCGAUGGAGCUACUGACAAACAAAUGCUAAAUUCUUCUGAUCUCGUGGAAAAGAAAAAAUAUCUAUGCUUAACUGAAAAUGGAGUACUAAUUGAUCACAGAGUGCUAAAACAAAAAAAAAAUUCGAAAUCAUUUUUUGCAAGAUACAAGACAAUGCAGUGGACAAGUUCCUAUGCUUUGCCAGACUUUCCUUAUGAUGUCAAGUGCAUAUUGGCAGAAAAAAAAUGCCCGGAUCACAGUAUGAGAAUAAGGAUUAUUGAAUUUUUACAGGCAGACAUGACAAAAUACCUAGAAGGAUCAUUGUAUCCGAACAGUCAGCAAUAUAACAUUGUCAUCAGUGCUCUGCUGCAGGCAUACCCCUUCCUUGAUGAAGAUGGGAAUGGUUUUUUGCUAUGGAAACGGGCCCUUAAAGAUCGUUUCAAAUAUGUGCGGAGACCCAUUGAAGAUGAUGAGCAAGUACUGAGGAACAAAUGCAAGUUUGGUCACAGGAGAGGACAGACCAGAAAACCUUCAUUGGGCGAAAACAGACCUGGUGAUGUCCAGAUGCAAGAAGAACCUGUUUAUUUUGAAAGCAGUGCAAUGGAUAUACAUAUUAAGUGGCUUAAGCAAGAAUAUAUGAAAACGCAGAAAAACUGGAAAGAAGUGGAUAACAGAAUGAAUGUGACUACAGAAAUACGGAGGAAGAUGAUCAGCAAUAACACACCGUUGAAAGACAUUCUUGGAUUAUUUCCUUUCUUAAGAUGCUCUUACCAGCUUUUUAGGGAGUUCCAGCUUCUUACACACAUGGAUAUUUAUAAGAAAACAGCUGAGAUUCUGGAGAUUCAUUCAGAAAAUAUAUUAUCUUUGUAUGUGGUGAGGAAUAACCCAAUUAACAUUAUGCUGCAAGAAAAUCUGAAGCGGCACACAGAGGAAGAUGUUCUGAAAUAUAUGAGAAUGACUGCUGCAUGUUUGCUCCUGCCAGAUGUCUUUGGAGAUGAUUCCAGUCUGUUUGCUGUGGUGAAUGAGGAGGUAAAGGCAGUGACCCCAGUGUUGGAAGUGAAAGAUCCCUUCAAUGUGAACUCAUGUGAGUUUGUGCUGUAUGUGGAAAGAGAAGAGCUGGCCCAGCUCAACGACUGCACCAUGGCCCUGGCUGCACUGCUGGCUGCGUUUCACGUGUUUGGUAUACCAUACCCAAAGAGAAUCCACAGGACGCUGAACUUCCUGGAAUCCCUGGUCUUUGGGGUGAGGAGCCCAGCAUCCCUGUCUGCCCAGGCAGAGAGAAGGCUGGAUGCACCUGAGCAUCCCAGCAUCUGA